UAAGCACUCCCCUUUGCGUCGCUCACCGAGUCCUCUCGGCUUUGGAGUUUAUUACAGCAGCUAAAGCAACCAGAGUUGGGUCGUGGGCUGCAGGAUUAAUUCCCAGAAGGGGACGUUUCCACACCUGGAUUUUUACCUUCUGAUUUCUGCUGGUGCUCGGGAAUACUUCAAAGAGCAGGUUGCUCCAGGAACCGCCGCGACGCCUUUCUUUUCCCCGCCAAGCGAGAAGCGCUUGCCCUGACCAUUUGAGGAAUACAGGAGGAAAAGUGAACCCACUCAGAAUUGGAAGCCUUGAGUAACACAAGGAUGACAGCCUUGCGCACCUUUGGCUUGACGUUUCUGUUAAUGAUAUUACAGCAGAGGGUGUCCGGCUCCGGCGUCUUCCAGCUGGAGCUGCACGAGUUCGUGAACAGCCACGGGGCUCUGGCCAGCGGGAAGCCCUGCUCGCCCCACUGCAGGACCUUCUUUCGCGUUUGCCUGAAGCACUUCCAGACAGUGGUGUCCCCGGGUUCCUGCACUUUCGGCAGCAUCAUCACCCCAGUUCUGGGAAUAAACUCCUUCAGCAUCAAGGAUACAGAGCGAUUUGACAGCCCCAUUAAGUUACCCUUUAACUUCACGUGGCCGGGGACCUUCUCGCUCAUCAUCCAGGCCUGGCACGCGCCCGCCAACUACCUGCCCGAAGGCUCCCGGCUGCCUCCCGAGGACUGGCUCAUCAGCCAGAUGGCGAUCCAACGCUCGCUGGCCGUGGGCGAGGACUGGUCGCAGGACGUGCAGAGCGGCGCGCAGACCCAGCUGCACUACUCCUACCGGGUGGUCUGCAGCGAGAACUACUACGGCGAGAGCUGCUCCCGCCUCUGCAAGCGCCGCGAUGACCGCUUCGGCCAUUACGUGUGCGAGCCCGAUGGCAGCCUCACCUGCCUGCCCGGCUGGACCGGCGAGUACUGCACGGAGCCCAUCUGUCUGUCUGGAUGCACUGAACAGAAUGGAUACUGUAACAAGCCUGGAGAGUGCAUCUGUCGUCCUGGAUGGCAAGGCCGCUACUGCGAUGAGUGCAUUCCACAUAUAGGCUGCCGCCACGGGACUUGUAAAACACAGUGGCAGUGCAUAUGUGAUGAAGGAUGGGGUGGCCUCUUCUGUGACCAAGACCUCAACUAUUGCACUCACCACAGACCAUGCAAAAAUGGAGCAACCUGCAUGAACACAGGCCAGGGCAGUUACACAUGUUCAUGCAAACCCGGCUUUACUGGUGUGGACUGCGAACAUGAGAUCAGCGAAUGUGACAGCAACCCUUGUAGGAAUGGUGGUAGUUGCACGGACAUGGAGAAUGGUUACCACUGCCUGUGCCCCCCUGGAUACUAUGGAACUCACUGUGAGCACAGUGCUUUGACGUGUGUGGAUUCCCCAUGUUUUAACGGCGGCACAUGCUUGGAAAAAGAACAAGGGGCCAGCUACACUUGCCUUUGUCCUCUGGGCUUCACAGGGUCAAAUUGUGAAAAAAAAGUAGACAGGUGCACAAGCAACCCAUGUGCAAAUGGCGGCAAUUGCUUUUACCUGGGUCAGAUUCGUGUGUGUCGUUGCCGGGCUGGUUUCUCUGGUCAGAAAUGUGAGAUAAACAUCAACGACUGUGCCAGGAACCCAUGUUCCAAUGGGGGAACUUGCCAUGACCUGAUCAACGACUAUACCUGCACGUGCUUGCCAGGCUAUAGUGGCAGGAACUGUGACAUCAAAACCAGAGACGAAUGUGCUUCUGGGCCAUGUGAGAAUGGAGGCACAUGCUACAGCGGGCUUUAUAGUGCCAACUUUGUCUGCUACUGUCCUUCUGGCUUCAUGGGGAACCGCUGCGAGUUACCAGUUUAUACAGUGCCUGUUACACUUCCUCCUAAACCAGUCCCCUGGAUUGCUAUAUCCAUGGGGGUGGGACUGGUGGCUUUGCUCAUACUGUUCUGCAUGAUAGCCAUGGUCAUCAGGCAGAUGAGGAUGCACCCAGAGCAGGAGUUGGAGACAAUGAACAACCUGUCUGACUUCCAGAAGGACAAUCUCAUUCCAGCUUCACAGCUCAAAAACACCAAUAAAAAUAAAGACCUCGAAGUGGACUGUGGGCUGGAAAAAUCAAACUACAAACCCAAGAACCAUAAACUGGACUAUAAUCUGGUAAAAGACCUGACAAGUAGAGGAACACAGGAGGAUAAAUACUACAAAAGUGAAAAGUGUUUAGGAGAAAAAACCCCCCUCCGACUACACAGUGAAAAGCCGGAAUGUAGAAUAUCGGCGAUAUGCUCUCCAAGGGAUUCAAUGUACCAGUCUGUCUUUGUGAUAGCAGAAGAAAGGAACGAGUGCAUCAUAGCCACAGAGGUAUAAGACUGAAGAUCAGUCCAUUUGCACCUCAGAUGGGUAAUGCCAGUAGAUGGACGUUCCUGCUGCAUUGUUUACAAUUCAGAACUGGAUCAGACUGUUUUUAAUUACAUGCAACUUGCUGCUCUCAGGCGGAGGAUGGAACUGGGUGAACUGGACAGACUGUGAAUUUACAGAAAGAUGCAAUACACCUUUUUGUUCUUACUGCCCUUGUUUGAAGUUUGAUACCAGAAAUCUCAUUGGCUAUUAAAGAGGGGAGGCAGAGGGAAAAGAAAGGGGUUUAAAAUGCUGUUGUUUUGAUACGUUUUUAAAGAUUCUGAGGCCAGUUCCUCAAGGACAGACCCGUGGCUUUCCAGAACUCUGAUUAUGGGAGGUGCCAGUUGAGGAGGAGGCACUGAACUGUCACAGAUGUUGCAACGGAAGGUGUGAAGAAAGACACAUUGCUAUGCAGAUAAUGGAUACAAAAUAAAUGAGAUCUCCAUUUUUUCUUCUGGGUUUAGAAGUGCCUAAAAUGUGUCAAGAGAAUCUUAAGGAGCCCAAACAGACACUUGACUGCUAUAUAUGCAGUUACCUGAACAGUAUUGGGCAGGAGUGAUUGACUCUUCCUGCUAUACAUCUAUUUGCAUCUCCUCUCUCCUGCUGCAUGUAUUGGAGACAGUUCAAGGGGUGAGAGGAGGAAGGAAAGAGGGAUACAGAAUUUACAUUUCAUCUCAUUUGGUGAUGCUUUGGAGAACUGAUUGACACAAGCCACGAUAUGGGACAGGAUUUUCAUGGAUUUAAACCCCUGAGAAGGGAAAGGUGUGAUGAGGAAUGUCUACUGCCUCUUCCCCAUUACGAGGAGAGACAUAAUCCCAGCCUUACAAAUGCGUUUAAAAUCAAUCAGCUUCUAGGACCUAUGCGGGCUGAGCUGUCUCAGCUGUUUUAUGGCCUUUGCACUACCAGUGAUUGUGAAUGGAAGUUACAUUUUUCUUCUCCUUCCUCAUCCUCUCUCCAUCCCUUAUUAUGCAAAUUUGGAUUUUAUGUUGUGUUUCUGAAUUAUGUGCCACCUUCUACUGUAAAUAGUCUCAAAGUCACAGCUGUAGCUUUCUGAAGGAGGGAUAUUAUCACUGCCCCUAAUUCCCUGUCUGGUUGCAGAACUCCUGCUUCUCUUGUUCCAAAUGGCCAACUGAGAAGCCUCCACCGAGAAGGCCCCUGCCACAGGUGGAGAUGAGGGCGAGAAGGUGCUAGGCUUGUCCCACAGCCUUCAUACAUACCCGCCCCCUGCCACAGGCAAAAGGGCAAGGCUGCCCCUGGAAACCAGAGGCAAACCUCAACUCUUCUCUUAGACACUUAUUUACCGCAGUAAUAGUGACAACCCCAUGGGAAGUGCUGUGACUGUAAAAAAGAUGAGACUUCGAGGUGCGGCAGAAUGAGGAGGGAGGAAACGAGACCGCUUCAAAGAAACCUGGACUGUGCUCUCUCUUGGACAGUGAUAGUCCUGCCCUUGUAAAUCCCGUCGUUGGACUAGCCCAUCUACUGCUUUGGACUGUGCAGACAAGGCCCUUUCAUAAUGUCCACUACUGACCUUCUGCUCUGACUGUGUAGGACCAAUUUGAAGAUGACCUUCAGAAAUCAAUAAUAUGGGUUUUAGUUUGUCUGUCUGUAGUUUAUUUUGAAGUCUAGUAUUUCAGUAAUUUAAAAAAAUCAGAAGCACUGAAC